GUGGUUUCCAAGGAUACCGCUAUUAAUCAGCCGGAACAGCUGAUAGAAUCUCGACUGGCGACAUCUAGUCGAAUACGUCACGAAACUACAUACGCAAAUUCGGAUUUUUCUCCAAAUAAUAAUCGAAUUUUAUCCAAGUUGGAGCUUAAGAUUAUUCUCCGCCUUCUUGUCGUAUUACCAUCUUUAUCAGUGACAACAACGUUAAAUACAAAUCCAACAAUGUCAAAAUUAGUCGGCGUCGACUUUGAGGUUCAUGGAAGAGUGCAAGUACACCCAAAAACGCGGGACCGAGUUGGAUUUAAAAGGGUGGUGUAUGAACACCGAUAAAGGUACAGUUGUUGGUCGUCUCGAGGGGUCGAAAAGCAAAGUGGAAGAGAUGAAAAAUUGGCUACGUUACACCGGAAGUCCUCAGUCAGCCAUAGACAAAGUGGAGUUUCAAAACGAGCAAGAGAUAUCUCAACCUACAUUCGCUAGUUUCGAAAUUAAAAAAUAAUCUUUACCAAAUGUUACAUCCCGAAUCAUCUAUUUAAUCGUUCGUUUCCUUUAGCAUUCAUAUUUAUAUUUAUUCAAAAUUAUAAGCAAUACGCUUCGAUGAAAAUAAAAGAACUCUAUCUUAUCUUCGUGUAUUUGCAAGUACAAUAAGUUUAUACAAUAAAUAAAAAUCUAACGCAUGGAAAUG